UUGAGCGGAGAAAACCCAAAUCCGACCCAUGACUCAACGAACCGCGCGCCAAUAGAAGAUUCGAAAGUUUUCUAGAACCCACAGAAACCCAAAUCUCUCUCCUUGAAUCUUCUGGAACUUCCUAGUCAUCUCUCCAUCUUCGGAUCACAAAUUCAGAAAUCCUCCCUAUAUAAAUGCUUCGCAAUUCCCCAAACGCCACAUCAUUAUUCAUUACAACGCAAAAACUCAAAGCAAACCAGAAUCAGAUUUCUUUUCAAUCAUGGAUGAUCCCUUCUUCAGCAGGAGCCACUUCAGUUACCCAUCUCCCCCUCGCUAUUAUUACCCCGCCGUUAGACAAAUACCUGUGAGCCGCCAAACGACGCCUGUUCAGAAGGUGGUGCAAAUUCCCGUCCGUUAUGUCGAUUCCGCGCCUAGCAGAAUGGAUUCUGUUGUUAAGAUCCAGAAGGUGUUUAGGGGAUUUUUGGUCAGAAAAAGUGUUAAGAAGAUUGCUGGCAUUAAGAGGGAGGUUGAUGAGAUAGAGAAGAGGAUUUCGAUGAAGAACACUGUGGAGCUGAUUCGGAGGGAUUCGAAGGAGCGGUUGAAGGUUAAUGAGACGCUUAUGAAUUUGUUGUUGAGGUUGGAUUCUGUGCCGGGUGUGGAUUCUGGUGUUAGGGAUUGUAGGAGGGCUGUGAUAAAAAGGGCGAUUAGGUUGCAGGAGAUGAUUGAUGCUAUUGUUGCCGGUGAUCAGGAAUUGGAAGUUGAUGAUUUGGCCAAGAAUGGCGAAGAAGAUACCGAUCAAAACUCAGAAACCCAUGAUAGGGCCCCUGACGUUGAAGCUAAUGUUGGUGAAUCGGAGAAGAUGCCUGAAAAAUUGCAAAACCCAGAACGACAGGAGUCUAAAACGGGUCGUGAAAGCAUGGGAGAUGUGGAAUUGGCUGAAGUUGAAGUUGGAGAAGAUGGAAAUGCUGAACAUGACGUGUCAGGAGCAGGGAGUGAAUAUGCAGAAAGUGUGGAUUUAAGUCGUGAAGAAAGCCAAGUGGAUUCCUCUGCCAACCCAGAAGAUGAUUCUUUUGAAAGCCAUGAAAAUACUCUAGCUGAUCAGAAGGAAACAGAACAUGAGAAAGAUCAAUCUUGUGGGGACAAAAAGGAGGUGAGCACAAAGAGCAAAGAACUUCUGGAGAGGAUGAUGGAAGACAAUAAAAAAAUGAUGGGGUUAAUGUCGGAAUUGUUCGAGAGAAAUGAGAUGCAAACGAGGUUGCUGAGCUCGUUGUCACAUAGGGUUGAGCAGCUGGAAAGGGCUUUAAUGUGUGAAAGAUCUAAGAGGAAGAAGAAGAGGAGGAAUACAGGUGGAGUAGUGGAUUGUUUGGAAUCAACAGAAGAUGCUAAGAAAUGUGGAAAGAGAUAGUGAAUCUUUUAAAGUAAAAUUGACGUAUGGAUUUUGGGUUUGUUUCUGUGAGUUGAUAUGAAUUUGGAUUCUUUCUGUUUCUUUCAA